CUGGCAGCAAGCUACCCCCAAGGACAGACAGACUCCAGCACACGUCCACCCGUUCCCCUUCUGGCUUGCAUCACGACACGACCUCGAAAUCCCACCUCAACCUCAUUCAACUCCCUUCCGAGCGUAUUGUCCCCCCCAUCGCACUGCCACGCCGCCCUCCCGAUUCCGAUUGCGCGACGACCAUGUAAAUGGUUCCUCCCACUGCAUUGCGAACACCCUCAUGAUUGCUCCAUUCCACUGCGACGGGACCGCCCUACCGAGCAGCCAUGGACAACAGGGCCCAACGAUUCGAGGAUGAGAAGCGGCGCAUUAUCGAGAGCUGCUUCAUCAAGAAGGAUGUAGACGGAUCGUUGCUCGAGACAUACAUCACCCACAUUCGAAUCACCGAGUACUCGUCCCAUCCGACCUCUCCUCCGCCGCCUCAAGCACGAACACCCGAAUCACAGAAACCCCGCGUAAUCGUCGUUGCAGUACGAAAAAGUGGCCGAGUGCGUAUGCACAAGACGAAAGAGAACGCCAACGGCUCCUUCUCAAUUGGAAAGACAUGGAACCUCGACGACCUCUCCGCCAUCGAGUCCUUCACGGGGCCGCCGGCUAACCCGACCUUCCGUGAAUGGGCUGGCGAUACUGGCUUCAUCGUCACCAUCGGAAAGCCCUACUUCUGGAAUGCGCAGUCGGAUAAGGAAAAGAAGUUCUUCAUUGCCAGCCUGGUUAAGAUCUAUGGCAAAUACACGGGAGGCAAGGUCCCUGAGCUAUCGGGCUUCGACCAGGCCGAGAUGGCCCAAAUCCUGAGAAACGAACGACGACCACCCCCUCCUCCACAGGCUGCCUUCCGACCCCCCGCAAUGCCCGAUGCUGCUUCUAGUCAGACCAGCCUCGGCGCUCCGAAUGCGCCCUCCAACUAUGGCACUCCCUCACCUGGCCCGCCAGGACCUCGCCGACCACCCCCUCUCAAUGGAAUGGCGAACAAUUCACCAGCGGGAAGCAUGGCAUCUUCGUUCUCGCAGGAACCCCCUACGCUGCGAAGAUUCGGGAACAAGAGCCAGGAAUCUUUCUCGCCAUCCCUGGGAGGCAGGAGCGACGAUACGGGAAGCAUGCCGCCGCGCUCACGAAAUGGCAUGCCUGGGCAAGGGGCCUUUGGUAGGUUCGGUGAGCCAGGUCAAGAGCCUGGACUGGGACCACCUCCGCCAAUCUCCGAAGAAGGCAGACCACCAGAGAGGAAGAGGCCACCGAUGGACCCGGCAAGGCCCCAGGGACAGGGCUUCAACGACAGAGACCUGGUUCCUGCGCCUUUAGUGAGCCCGGGGAUGCGACGAGAUCAAGUUGCCCCUCCCCCGAGGAGUACAGCCAGGAAGAACUCUCUUUCGCAGAGGUCAGAUGGAGGUUCUUACAGGGACAACCGACCAGUCACACCCCUUACGCCUGGAGACCCGGGCGCACCAGACGUUCCUCUCGCACUCAGAACCCCAACAAGAAAUGGGGCAACACCCACAAGACAGCCUCCUCCUAUUGUCUCUCCGCCGCCUGAAAUCCCUGUUCCCCCUGCCCCGGUUUCUCCCAUCGUGCAGAGUCCGCCUCCCGCCCCUCCACCAGCGACUGUAGCUGCGGCUGAGGAAACCAUACCGGAGGAGCCUCCGGCUGUUGAGCCUAUCCCUGAGCCCGAGGCUCCCGUGGAACAAGAAGAUGAGAGUCGGCCAGGUUUGGGACCGAUGAUCAAAGCAAAGAAAUCCAAGAAUGACCUUGCUGGUGUGCUCUGGAAGGCUGCCUCCGCUGCCUCAGCUUUCAAGCCUCGGCCUGGUGGUGCUGGUGAAAGACUUCGACAGCUUGCCACAAAGAGCACUGAACCUGCCGAAGGAAUCACAACAGUUUUCCAACCUCCGCCACGGCCUGCCUCUUCUGACGGCCCCAAAGUCACAUCCCCAGAACCUGCAGUCGAAGAGACGGCUGCACCUGCGGAGCCUCCCAAGCGCACAUCUGGUGUGCCUGAGGUCAAGGUCACUGUGCCUAAUUCUAGUCGACCAUCAAGCUUGCAGCCCUCGAUUCAGGAAGUUAUUAGCGUGAAGAAGCCAGAGGAAUCCGCAACCAAGGAGGAGAACAGCAAGUCGAUAGUUGCCGGUAACGACGCCAAGUAUCUUGCAUCUCUUGGUAUUGACCCCACAGUCUUGGAUAACAAGAGCGGCGAAUUCACAAAGUGGCUCGACUACUUUGGCUGGGUUCCUGGUGAGCAGAUGAGAUCUCGUAACGUGGAAGAGAUGAGGACAGACCUUGAGCGAGAGCUCAACAAAGCACAAGCCGGCGGCUGGCUAGCCCGGUUCCAAGAAGAGGAUGAUCGUGUCGAGGCUAUCAAACGCGGCAUUGAUCUGGCAGUCGCCGAGUGUGAAGAAAUGGAGAAUCUUCUGACGCUGUACAGCGUUGAACUUUCGACUCUUUCUGAUGAUAUUGCAUACAUUGAAGCCCAAGGCCAGGGUCUCCAGGUGCAAACUGCUAACCAGAAGCUGCUCAAGAAGGAGCUUGAGUCUCUUCUCGAGACAACCACUAUUACUUCUGCUGAUCUGAACGCCUUGAGAGCGGCACCACUGGAAGAUCUGAACGGCCUUGAGGAUAUCGAAAUGUCUCUAGUCACUCUCUACAAGGCCAUGAUCAAGAUCGAUCCCACAUUACUAGGGGGCGAACCACGAAAGAGCGAAGAUAUUGGCGGAGAAGUUGAUCAAGCCGUGGGUCUCGAGAACACCGACUAUGGCAAGAUGAGAAUCGUUCAGGAGAAGAAGGAGAUGUACCGACAAGAAAGCGCUGUCUUCUCGCGACGGUUGGUCGGCUACAUGGCCCAGCAGUUCGAUGUAGCCUACAACGAAGUCAACAGAGCGCUUCGCGAAGCUCUUUCAAGAAAAGUGGAUUCUCGCCAUCACGACACCGGUCGGGACAUGUUGUGGAAGUACAGUCCUUUGGUCAAAUACGCCAAGGAUGUCGACCCCGCCAACUGGGAUCGCAUGAUCCAGGUCUACCAAGAUAAGAGCCACCCGGUCUAUAAGAACGAAUUCCGUCAGGUCUUGGAAGCGUGGAAGCGCAAUGCGCGCAAGAUGACCGCUGACGAAACAUCCGAGCUCCUGUUUACAUUUGAAGUCGAAAAGCAACAGGAAGGCAGAGCGACCACUGUCAGGAAGCUUACCGUCAAGCGCAGUCAAACAUUGGCCAAGAGUCUGCGUUCGCCCAUCGAUACCAGCAGUAGGACGAACCUGAAAGAGUCGGGCGAGAACCGAAGCCUUCCUUACGAGGUAUUUGGGCAGGUACUGGACGACCUUCUGCCGUUAGUUGAGAUGGAGCAGAAUUUCAUCAUCGACUUCUUCCACGCCACCACACUGGAACAAUCAGACUUCCCGGACCUGGUCGCAGCCAGCAGGCCGGUAGAUCGGAGAGGCGGCGACUUGCGUCGCCAUCGUUUGAUGGAGCCUGACCGCGAUCUUGCUCGACGUGUUACUAAGGGUAUGGAGGUGAUUUUCAUCUUCCUCGAGACAGAGAUUGCCAAGCUCAUUGAAUGGGUUGUCCAAGCCGAUCCUUUACAAGGUGCUGGUGUCUUGGCCGUUCUCGAGCGGAACCUGUUGGAUAUCCAACAAUCCAACCAAGACUUCCUCAACGCUCUUCUCCAGAAACUCCACGGUAUCUUGGAGUCCCGAUUUAAGAAAUUCGUCGACGAGCAGAUCCGCGCCAUCGAGGAGACUAAGGUCAAGAUUAAUAAGCGCAAGGGCGUUAUUUCGUUCAUUCGCGUCUUCCCUCAGUUCUCCAAUGCCGUGGAAAACAUUCUCUCGGGUAUCGACCCUAACCUAGCCGUGCGCAAGACGGUUGACCGCGAGUACGAUCGUAUCCUCAAGUCCAUGUUCGACUCCCUCAAGAUUAUUGCCCGCGAGAACCCCGCAGUCAGCGUCGGUGCGGCAGGUGCGGAUCCAGAAGACAAGGAGGCUCUCAACUUCCACAUUCUGCUCAUCGAAAAUAUGAACCACUUCCUCGAGGAGAUCAACACGCACGGCCUCAAUGUCCUCGAAGACUGGCGUGAGGCUGCGACAGGCGAGAUGAAUGAGCACAUGAACCUGUACCUGAACGCCGUGAUGCGGCGCCCCCUCGGCAAGCUUCUCGAGUACGUCGAGAACAUCGAGGGCCAACUGCAGUCGGGCAAGCCCGGCUCGAGCAUCGCUUCGCAGCCCUCCAAUUCCAAGUCCACCUUCCACAAGGUCUUGGCAACGUACGACUCGCGCGAGGUCCGCAAGGGUAUCGAGACGUUGCGCAAGCGCGUCGAGAAGCACUUUGGCGACGCGGACGACCCUGCUCUCAGCCAGAAGCUCGUGAUCAAGGUGCUCCGCGAGUGCGAACGCUUCUACGGCGAAGUGGAGCUGCGCAUUAGCCGCAUCACCGCCGACGUCUACAGCGGAGACGUCCUGUUUGAGUGGCCCCGCGCCGAGGUCAAGUCUGGCUUCCGCUAGAGGCAUAUGCUGCUUGGCCUGAGAGCUGGGACCUAUUAAUUUGAUGCCGAUACUGCUGCCACAAGAAAGCAAGCCAAUCGCAGCAUCAACUUUUGUCGAAUUGCCUUUUUCCUCCCAAGAACUCCCAUCCUGUUUAAGUUGCUUCCUGGCACAAAGGAGGAGAGCAUUGCAUUGCGGGAGGACGGGUUUGUGUCAAGUGUACCCGCAACUGCUUACCCUGACUUUUUAUUUUCUUCUCAAGAUACCUUUCUACGAGCAAGAGAAGAUGAGGAAAUUUGGAGACCAGAGAGAAGGGGAGGGGGAUCAUGUUGUUUCUAUAGGCGGCAGAAGGGCAACGGCUAUCUUUGGAGGCGACGUUUUUGGAAGGCCACUUGAUCCGAGAGAGAGGCAUCUUCGGUUUCCAUGGAUGGGGGUGGACAACAGAGCCUUUGUAUUGCGCGCAAAUAGGAGAGGGGACAUUAGAUUCCCGUGAUGAAAUGAGAGAG